AUGGAUCUGAUAGACGUUAGUCUCUUCCACCUCACCCCACCGGUCCGGCCAGGUGCGCUGUUCUCAGGGGCAGGUAUAAAGUCUCGUCGCCACAGGCAAUCAUCCACAUUCCUGACUAUCGUACAAAGAGUCAAGAAAAUCACCAAAAAGAUGAAGACUGGUACCGCUGUGCUGUUCCUGGCCCUGCUGGCCGGCGCUCAGGCCGACUUCUGGAGCGACCUGUGGGACGGCGUCCAGACCAACCUCCUGGACCCCAUCGUCGAGACCGCCCAGACCGCCGCCCAAGAACUUGUUGACACCUACGUCCCCGUCCUGGGCCAGGCCGCCCAACAGUUAGUGGGAGAAGCGGUACAAAGUGCGGGACAAGCGCUGACCGACCUCGUCUCCGGCAAGAGGAAGAGGCAGCUGCUGACUGAGCUUGGCCAGAUCAUCCAGGAUGGCUUCAACGGGCUGACCGAAGCCGUGCAGCAGGCGGUUGAUGGCGUGACCCAGACCGUGCAGGGACAGCUCUCCGGCCUCAUCAACGGCCUCGGCGGAACCACCACCGGCACUCGUGGUAAGGUCAUGGUGAACGGCGCCAAGAGCAAGUUCGCUAUCAACAAGCGCGCCAGGGAGAUGAAGUACAAGAUGACCCAGGCUGUCCAGAAGAUGGCACGUGCCCGCGGGUUCUUCGAUGAUCUGACCGCCGCUGCCUCUGACCUGUUCGCCCCCGCCAUCCAGCAGGCCCAGACUGCCUUCAACACUCUGGUUGAUGCCGCCACCGCCACCGGCGCCGCCAUCCUGGACCACGGCACCCAGCUGGUCAACAACGUGUCGACCUCUCUGCAGCAGACCUAUGACCAGAUCCUUGGUGUGGCUCAGCCUUACAUCGAUGACGCUCAGACCAUCGUCGACUCCAUCCAGAACCACUUCGACAGCACCUUCAACACCGGUGCCUAAGUCGUUACCUCGCACCACCUAGCGUUAGUCAUGUCGAACUACAGAUAAAACCGGGGGAACUCCACCAAAUGGUCACAUCAACAGCGAGCCAUGAUGAACAGCGGAAAUAAAGAACACCGUUAUUAAAUUAUGUUGUGAAUCACACA